UGGCUUUAACCAAGAAAUAUAUUUGUAUAUGUUAAAUGGUUAUAUAAAAAAUGAUAUUGAUUAAAAAACUGUAUAUUUCUAAAAGUCAAUUCACGAUUUACACUAGUACAUAAACGCCACUCGUUCGAAUCAUCAUGACGUAGAUUGCAUAAUUAUUUAUCUGCAUAACAAUUAAAAAUGAAAAAAAAAUUCCCAUCUCUACAUUUGAAAUUUUAUCGCAAUCGUAGAAACUUGAUAAUAAUAUCAAUGACUAAAACAAGAGUGAAUAAAUGGAAACGAAUGACCGAGAGUAAAUUAUAAGGAUACAUAAGUUCUGAUAACUGGUGAUAACUUUGUGUAGAAGAAUAGAACCGGCGAUCAAGUUGAUCGUCACGUAUACAUUAAUUAUUUAUACUGAGACCCCAUUUCAAAGAGUACUAGUACUAAAUGUAUAAAAGAUGAGCAAGAAAUAGUAACAUAAAAUUAGUUAAAAUUUUGUUAAUAUAAACGUACAUAUCUACUAAUCGUGUAAAAUGUUGAACAUAACCAACAAAAAGUAUGUCAAUCUAAAAUGUUUCGGUCGAACUGAACAGAAAAAAGAAUUCUCGUGUGUUGAGUGAUAUGUACUGAGUGAAAUGCAUAUUGUAAUGUAUAUUUCGAACAUUCGUAAGGAAUGGCUGAAAAGGAGGCAAAGAUUGAAUACGUGACAGAACCUUGUCCCAUUGAACCUCGUAAAAUAGGCCCACAAAACAUCGUGGUACGCUUAAAGCGUCGCGAGACGUUUGGAUGCCCUUAUCCAGGAACCCAUGUGCACAAUGCUAGACAAUUUUACCAAAAUGUAUUCCCAAAUUUUACUGUAAUGAAUGUCGAAAAACCGCCGUGUUUUCUACGAAAAUUUAGUCCUGAUGGCCGUUACUUAAUAGCCUUUAGCGCGGACCAAACUUCCAUAGAAGUUUACGAGUAUCGUGGUGCAUCUGCUGCUGCUGAUUUACUAGCAAAUUGUGAAGGCGAAUACAUUGGCCACAAAAAUGACGAAUGUAGUUUUCAAAUUAGAAGUAAUAUUUUUAAUCGAUUUUUUAAGGCUAAAUGGAUUGUGAAUGUAGUUCAAAGUAACGAACAAUUAAACAGAGAAUGCAGUCUGUUUACAGAUGAUGGACGCUAUGUAAUUGUGGGUUCAGCUGCCCAUAUUCCAGAUGAAUUAAGACCACAUUUUUACCAGAUUUAUUCCAACAAUGAAGCAUUAACACCAAAUCCCAGAUCACCUCUUGAAGAUUAUAGUUUACAUCUGGUUGAUUUGCGUGGAGGAAAACUCUGCGAUACCAGGCAUUUUACAGUAGAUAAAAUAUAUUUGUCUCACAAUCAAGGUCUUUAUUUGUACAAAGAUAUAUUAGCAGUUUUGUCUGUGCAGCAUCAAACUAUUCACAUAUUUCAAAUCCUUGAUGGAAUGUUCAUCAAUGUCAGAACGAUAGGAAGGUUCUGUUUAGAGGAUGACGCUUAUUUGGUGACAAGCGCUUGUCCUGGAGUAAAUUCCCGUCCAUUUAGAGAUACUACAAUAAAUAGCCUUAAACACAAAUUACUAGUUUAUCUGUAUAAAAGAGCAGCGUACAUUAGCGAUACGACAAAGGACCCAUACGAAUUAAGACGUUUUUACCAAUACUUCGAUCAGUUGAAUGCAUUACGAAUGUGGAAGAUGCAGUUAUUAGACACAAAUCAUAUACUCGUACGAUUUGCGAGCGAAGAAGUGGCGACGCUUCAAGCUAAUGAACCUAACGCGCAGCCUGCGCUUUUGGUUGUUUACGACAUGGUUGCAGCUAAAAUAUUAGCAGCUUACGAUAACGCGUCUACACAGUUGUUGACGCAAUUUGAAAACUUCAGCGAUUUCUUCAGAAAUGCUAGGAUGAAUACUGAUUGUCAAUACAUGUGUUCUCCAUCAAAUAAUAUAUAUGCACGAUUGUUACAGCAGAGAUUCAAACAAACAAUAGUAAGUGCCAAAUAUGGUGGUGUUACGGAAGCUACGAAAAGAUUACUUGCUCAGUUACCUAUAUGCGCUCAAUCUUACUCUAGUUCUCCGUAUCUCGACUUAUCCUUAUUUUGUUACGACGAUAAAUGGGUCUCCAUGAUGGAACGACCCAAAGCAUGCGGAGAGCAUCCUAUACGGUUUUAUGCUCGCGAUUCUGGUCUUUUAAAGUUUCGAAUGUAUGCCGGAAUGUUGGGCCGUACAGCACCUACAGCUGCAAGACGGUUGGUUGCGUUUACUUUCCACCCGACGGAUCCGUUUGCUAUUUCCGUUCAACGAACGAACGCUGAAUAUAUCGUCAGUUUUCACGUCAGACAUGUUUAAAGCCCAAUCGAAAUGUUUAAAAAUUGCAACACCAUUUGUCUGAUCUUAUCCUCUACAACCCCUCUUUUUCAAUAAAAGUGAUCUCGUUGUACAGUGUCAAUAUGGCUGUCGAUAAUGUACUUUAUUCGAGGAAAUAUUCAUGAAUAU